CUGAAUGCUUUAAACAGUGGCCAGUGCUCCGAGUGUAUUCUUGGGUAAUGGCGUUUGUUUUAAAAAUGUGCAUUUCUCGGUUUUAUGAGAAUUAUCCUGCUGUGUGGCGCCCUCGUUUGGCAGCUGAGUGUAUGAACAUGGCCUCAAAAGUUUUCAGUUUCCUUCCUUAGCAACCAGACGCUUCUGCCUGGAUACACACGGAUCCCAAACAUUGAUGAACUCAGAUGGGCUGGAAUCAUGCCACUCGUCUUAGGAAGCAGUGUUAAAUAUGUUUACUAUGUAAAACUGAAUGUAACAUAUUAUUUUUCUGCCAAUAUUGGCAUGUUUUGCGCUUAAAUAUUUGCACAGCCUGCAUUUAGCUAACUAGAUAUUUAAUUGCAUACCUUUGGAUACUAGCAUAGUUAGCAUCAUUGUGUCGCGACAUUUAUCGUUGUUCCUUGCUAUCUUCCAUUUUACAGUUAUGUUACAGGCUGAGAAACAAAAGAACCGCAGUGACGAGGAGGUGGUCAAAAAACUGUGCUUGGUCAAUGGAGUGUCCUAUGAGAAAAUUGCACAAGAAGGGAGUGACAUCAGAUCACUGGAGAUUUUUUUCUCUGGUUUCCCCCGCGUGGUCGGCCUCUCCUUCUUCCCAAGGCUCUGCCAGCUGACCAUAGUGGACCAGAACAUAAAACACAUCGAAGGACUUGAGUGCUGUCCUCUGCUCCAGGAGCUCUGGAUAGUACAGUGCCAUCUCACGGAAAUAUCUGGACUUCAGAAUUGUCUGCAACUGGAGAAGCUGUACCUUUAUGAUAAUAAAAUCUGUGAAAUAAAGAAUUUAGAGUUGCUGGUCAACAUAGAGGCUCUGUGGCUCAACAAUAACUGUAUAACUAAGAUAGAGGGCUUAUCCACACUUCAAAACCUUAAGGAACUAAACUUUGCGGACAACAUGAUUGAAAAGAUAGGGCGAAGCCUUGAUCCCAAUGAGAGCCUUCAGAUUCUCAAUCUGUCCGGAAACAAGAUCAGUUCUUUUAAGGAAUUGACCAUGCUCGCCCGUUUACCCCAUUUGAGAGAAUUAGCUUUGAAAGAGCCCACGUCCACACCGAACCCAGUGUGUCUGCUGUGUAACUAUGCCACACACGUUCUGCACCACACGCCAGGCCUCCAGCGACUUGACACCUAUGACGUCUCCAGCAAGCAAGUGAAGGAAGCAGCUGAGUCUGCAGUAAUGAAGAAAAUGAUGUACUACAACAUGCGUGUACGGACUGCUCGGAGGAACCUCGCAGAGACACGGUUCAGUCUAAUCGAGAGGAAAAAAACUUUAUUACAGUUACCACAAGAAUGUAUCCAGACCCUCAGUCAUGCCCUCAAGUGUCUUGAACGUGAGCUCACCAUGGGGCCGGUUAAUGGCAAGAAGCCUGCCUGCACAUUGGAGGAAGAACCAGGAGGACCGCCGCACCUGGAGGAAGGUUUUACUGAAAUAAGUGACUGUGCUGCUGACAUCAGUCCUGAUCCUGCCAUGGAUAACAAAAUAUCCCUUAAGAUCGAAUCCCUCAGGGAAAGACUGCAGAUAUGGAGGCGGAAGCUGGAUGAGAUCGAAGCGUGGUAUGAGCGAGAUUUGGCCCAAGCCACAAACAUGAUGGAAUAUACAGUGCAGUUUCUGCUGAUGGAACUAGAAAGUGUUGGAAACAUCCGUUUGGAGGAAGGCUGCUCCACAGACCCCUGGUUUUCGUCCUGUUGCGACCUGGUGAUUUCCCGCUUCUCUCCGUCAGACUACAAGCUUCACGGCAUCACUGACAUUAAGAUCAACAGAGUCGUCCGCAUCCACAACAGCGCUCUGAGGUUUCGGUUUGAAGACAAACUUCAUAGCUUGCUUGCAAACGACGAGUCCGUCGUCUUCUCCCAGAAUUACCGCCGUCGACUGGAGUACUUAUUCUAUGCAGCUGACCCAGCAAAGUGUGGGAAGGAAGAAACUCUGAGCGUUCUAGAGGAAGGCUUCAAAACAGCAGAGGAACUGAAGGCCAUGGGAAGAGAGGGUGCUAUUCCUUUAUCAAACAGCUUAAGCGUGACUGAAAAACCCAGAAUUGAGUACGCACUGCAGCAGGCCAACCAAGGCGAUCACAAGCAAAUUAAAGAUGGAAACCCCUUCAGGCACGGCCAGGUUAUUGUCUCCAAGGUGUUCAUUGGGAACAGCACGCCUGUCCGAGAUGGACAACCUCUGGACAGGAGCAGCUAUCCUACAGUCUACUCUGUGUAUCGCAAUCUGGACACAAAGAGGAGAUCAGCAAUGAGUGAAGACAGGCCGCACUCCACCAAAACACAUUCUGAGAGCAAUCUUCGCCAAAGGCAGUGGUUUGUGUUCGACCAUGAGCUCAUCCUGCCUGAGUACAUCAUUUAUUUUGAAUAUAUCACUGGGGACAAAGACCAAGCUGCAUUGCCAAGCCACAGCAGAGGCACAGAUACCGCUCUUCCCAAUGACAUUGUCCUGGAUAAAGAAGUCCUCAACAUGGAACCUGUGCUGAAACCACAGCCCAAACUCUUGAGCUUGGGCGAGAAGAUUCUGCUGAAUGUUGCCAGAGCCAAUGUCCUCAGUCAGAUCACUGUGCUGAAUCUUCAUGGCAACAGCCUGAGUAAAGUGAAGGAGAUUUCCAGCCUCACGUCUCUGAGGCAUCUCACCAUCAGCUUCAAUGAGUUCACGCGCCUUGAUGACAUUUCUCACAUGCCAAACCUUGAGUUUUUAGAUGCGAGCUUUAACCACCUAGUAACUCUAGAAGGUAUGCGGGGGCUGGGACAGCUCAAGCAGCUCGAUGUCUGCUGGAACAAACUGACCAAGGCCAGAGAGGAUACAGCUGUGCUGAGGAAACACACACCAGCUCUGCUGAAACUGGACACCCGAUACAAUCCCUGGAACAAGCCAGAGGCAGUCAGAAUGACCAUGCUUGGACACAUCAUGACUCUCACACACCUGGACGAUGUGCUGGUAACAGAGGAGGAGGCUUCUAAAGCUGUUCAAAUGGCUUCAGGUUACAAAAUUGACCAGGCAUCUCUCCUGGCACACUCUCGUACCAACAGCGAUCGUCCUCGCAGCCUCAGUCUGCUGUCAACAGCCCAGCUCCUGUGUCGUUUGAGCCCGGCACCCUGGGGCCUCGCCGUAGAACUGGAGCCAGGCUGGACUGAAAAGAUCACCACCCUAAACCUUGACAACCAGAAAAUUUCAAAGCUGAUCAGUUUGAAUAAGCUGGUGAACCUGCGCUGGGCUUCGUUUAACGAUAACAACAUUUCCAAAGUGGAGGGCCUCGACGGCUGCCUGAAGCUCGAAGAACUUUCACUGGACAACAACAACAUCAGUACGCUCAGUGGCCUUACAAGACUGCAUUGCCUAAAUAAACUGAGUGUAGAUGGGAAUCAGCUGUCCAGUCUGGACUCCUCAGCCUUAGAUCAACUGCCCAACUUGUCCUUUCUGUCAGUGGAGAACAAUUGUAUCGCUUCCUUGCAUGGCAUCCAGAGGGUCCGCUCUCUCCUUGAGCUCUACAUCGGUAGCAACAAGAUUUCUACAUCGAGAGACAUCUACUAUCUGAAAGGAUUGGCAAACCUCAUCAUUCUGGAUCUCUAUGGGAAUCCUUUAGUGGAGAAACUGGAAAACUAUCGGAUAUAUGUAGUUUUCCAUCUGCCCUCCCUUAAAGCUCUGGAUGGAAUUGCCGUGGAACUAAGUGAGUGUGAGAGUGCAAAAAGUAUGUUUAAAGGAAGGUUAACCACUGACACAGUGUCAGAGAAGCUGGGCCAUUCGGAGUAUUCAGAAAUCACCUACCUAACCCUGCAGUCCUGCUCCAUUCGGAUGGUUGAUCUGUCUCCAGCAGACCUCUUCUAUAACCUGCGCAGUGUCAACUUAGACCACAACAACCUCACCUCCUUCUCAGGGCUCAUCUACCUGCCCAACAUCAAAGCUCUGUGUCUGAACUACAACCACAUUGAAUCCAUUCUGCCCAGGCAGAAGACUCAUCAGACGAACAGACAGAUUCUGUACAGCAAGGUCCACUCCAGUGGCUAUGGCCAGCAAAGCGCACCCAAAGCCAAUAGGGAUACUGGGCCCGCUGGCAGCCUGGAGCCGCUGAUGGGAAGCCUUGAGGUGCUUCAUUUGAGUCACAAUGGCAUCUCCAAUAUGGCCAAUCUGCAGCUCAGCAGGCUCACCAAUCUUAAAGCACUCUUCCUUCAAGGCAAUGAGAUCAGCCAUGUGGAGGGCUUGGAAGGUCUUCACCAGCUUAGAGAGCUUGUUUUAGACAGAAACCGGAUUAAAGCACUGGCCAAGAACUCUUUCUUGGCGCAGAACGUUCUGCUAGAACUCCACCUAGCAGAGAACCGAAUCCGUGAACUGAACCAUCUCGAUCCUCUGAUUGAGCUCCGCAAGCUCUUUCUCGGCAUGAACAAGCUACAGGACAUCACAGAGCUUGACAAAUUAGAAGUUCUUCCCUCGUUGACAGAACUCUCUGUUGUUGGCAAUCCUGUAGCGAGAAAUUCUCUCCACAGACCAGCUGUAGUUCUCCGUCUGUCCCAGCUGCAGGUCCUAGAUGGAGUGAUGGUCACUCUGGAGGAAAGGACCAGGGCUGAGCUCCUGUGUGCUGAUCCAUCUCCAUGUUCUCAGCAUCCAGGAGGUUCCCAUCCUACCGCUGAAAUUAACCUGCCUGGCCUGCUGCCCUUUAUGCCCCACAACGCAACUGUGCGAGGAAUGAGUAUAAGUGGCGGGCUGCAGAAUAUGCACAUGCAUGACACAGGCAUGAUAAAUAAUGAAGACAAGGACCACUACACACAUAAAUACAAGAAGAACAAGUACAGUAAUGUUGGACAAAAUGCCCAAUCUGACAUUAACUUCAGACCCAGUCGAAGAAUGGGAAGCAACCUGCCGACGGCAAGUCUCCCGUCUGACGGGAACAGAGGCUUCAUUGUGUAUUCCAAGCAGGAGCAAGACAGCAGAUUCCCAAAUGGUGGUAGACCUCCACCUCUGUAGCAGCCAGAGGAGGAGGAGCGUUCAGCCAUGGAGGUGGUGCACUGACACUAUUAUACAGCAUAUCCUAGCAUUUCUGUAAAGUUGCCUUAAUGCUGAUAAUCUUCUUAUUUGACUUUUUUUUUAUGACAUGACCAUUAGAAUUUUUAAAUAUAUGCAGAUGUAACAAUUACUUCAAAAACGUUGCUCUUCAAUAAUGCAAUAAAACCGACUUUCAUGUGGAGUAAAUUAGGCUACUCGCAGGGGACAUGCAGUUCAUUCCUUUCAAAUACCUUUCCUGUAUAAUAACCGUGACUCCAUUUUUGAUCCACAUAUGAGGAUCACUAACCAUGGUAAUCUGUGGAUGAGAGGUUUAGGUGUCAUUUCAACUGCUGUCCCAUCCUUUGCCCGAAACGAGUGAAAAAACAUCCACAGAUGUAAAGGCGUGUGAGGCUGGCAUGCUCGCGUCCAUCGGGUCAAAUGCACCCCCAACAAGUGGAUAAUCCAGCUUUAGCACACCUCUCUGUGGACAAUAAUCUGCAGUCACUCAGAUAAAGAUGUAAUCUUGAAUAAGGUCCAAAUGGAUUUUAGAGAUUGUCGGUUUCAUCAUGUUAGCCUCUUUUCAAAAAGCCCACACUGCAGUUUCAUCUCUAACAGGCAAAUCUGGUGUGUUGCAACUGGAAAUGAACCUACUCCGCGUGAUAUUUAUCAUGUUAGUUCUGCUGAGCAUUAGAAUAUAAUCCUCCCAGUUUUGAUGCUGGUUUAAUUUAGUAGUCCUGUAGUUAACAAAACCAUCAGUCUGAAUAUAGAAGAUAUGCUGUAUAUGUUACGUGCUGUAAUAGAGGCCUGUAACCUGAAUAUUGCAAAAAAAAAAAAAAAAACUUUCUUUUUUGUCAAAAAAUAUGCAUGACAAGACAUCCAUUAUCGUAUCACCGUGAAUAGUUUGAUGCUGAGAAGUUAUUUUCACAUUCGCUGUGCAGACAUCUUUUGUAUCUCACAUCCCUAGAAGACGCAGUGCAGAGCUGAGUCUCGAGCUGCUUUGGAAAAAAAGUACACACCUUGUCCAAAACGGUUAAUGAAACAGCAUCAACGGAAAAAAGACUGCAGCCAUUUACCAAGGACCAUCGGGCAACAUCAGCUACAGUGUUUAUGCACCUUUAAAAUGACCACUAGGUGUCCUUACAGCCCCAUUAACAACACUAAUCAGUCCUCUAUAUAUUUUCCCCUUGCCUUGUAAGUGGUAAUUUAUCAGUUGAAUGGGGGGAUAUGUGCACACUGGUUUUGUAUCUCCUGCUUGUGUAGAUUUUGCUGAACCUCUGAGGCAGCAGCCAGCUCCACACAGCAAAAGUGCAAAGCUCAAACAAGCUCCUCUAAUGCAUGUACUUAACUUCACUUAAUUUGUGUUAAUUCCCAGCAUUAAGCAGGGCUAAUGACUGCGCAAGUGAGUGCACUGUCAUUACCUUGCUCUGGCUGCUGACAUCAAAUGGCAGCUGAUGGACUCAGACUUAUAAAAAAAACACACACACACACAGAUUUGGAGGCUCAGUGUGAGUGCUCUAAUGCAUUAGGUAUUGCAGGGGAUAAUUACACCGUUUAUAUUUGUGUACAGUAUGUGCUGUAUGGAUGUUAGAAAUAUUUUUAAUUCGGCUGUAUGGCGGGUAAGUGAACAUACCACUUCACACAGUAUGGCUCAGAUCUGCAUGUCUGUCACUAUUUCUAACAUUAAAAUGGCAUUAGCAUAAGAAUUGUGAAUAAUUCAUCACUUCUGAGUGAACCCAGAUGCACUGCUCUCCUCUCCCUCUCCUCGCUCCUCCAUGUGAGCAGACCACAUGGUUUGUUGCUGGUUUAAUGGGAUGGAAUGUGACAGGUUAUGUUUUCGUCUGCCUGAUAUGGAGCCCGGCUCGGGCGGGAGGGGCGGAGAGCGAGAAGGCUAGAGAGAGGGAGAGGGGCAAGUGAGUUGGUCUCUAGUUGUAAUCUGGAUUCAUAAUGAGACAUGUUUGUGCUUGUUGUGAAUCAGUUAUAGAUGAUGCCCCCCCCCCCCCCUCCUGAAUCCCCACCGCACACACACACACAUAGAAAAACACAUGCACUGUAUGGGGCCAUUACUGCUGGUCCACUAACUCCCUGUAUUUGCUGUGUCUGUGCAUUCAGAGCACCAUUAGUCCAACACUCUGUGAAUAAUUGCUGAAUGGAGCAUGUUUCCACUGCUAUCUACUCAGGUUCCAGUGACGUUAGAGAGGUGACGACAUUGAUUGAUGUCUGAUGCCGAAGGUAAUGCUGCAUAUUGUGCGACGCUUAUCGAAGCAUUACGCCCUGCAUGUGUAACGGAUGAACAAACACUACACAGCACAUGCAUUACACAUUUACCAACUUGUAUUAAGUGCCUCGCAAGAGGCGACAAUUUCAUCAACAUCAUCACUUGAGGUGAAAUUGCUGCUGUAAAAACUGUUUGAACUGCAAAGCCCUCGACAAAAUACAAAUUAUUUUGUUUUCAAAAGGUACAUAUUACUCCCCAAGUUCAUUUUUCAGCCUCGCAAACACCAUCCUCUUCCAUGCCAUAUUGCCUCUCUUGAAAUCGGUCAUUGAGUUAUUGCUGUCACUUGUCAUUUUCCUGUAAUUUGUUUCCUGUGGAAUAAAGAGCGAACGCAGAGAGAGAGCGAGAAAAUACAGAUAAAAGAAUGGAGCGACAAUUAGAAUGGAAGGGAAAAUGCUUUUAUUUUGUGUGGACAUUUUGAAUGAGAGCACGCCUCGCAGAAACAUUAAAUCUUAACUGCUA